AUGUCAGGGUGGGACGAGGGGCAGGUGUUCUACAGCAACCAGUCGUUCCCCGAGUCGGAAGGGCCGGCCGGCGACGACGCGCUGGGCGACGCGGGAAUCACGCGAUAUGCCGCGCAGAAGAAGCUUCGCGAGUUCGUGCGAAACUUCCACGAUCCGCAGUACCAUGACCGCUUCAUCUACAGCAUUGUCCCUCCCCCAAUCCGCCUGUUCCUGCUUCACAUGGCUCGGGCUGCACAGCACACGUCGUCUCCCGUUUCCCUUCUCCCACGGCAACCCCACUUCCCCCCAUUUCCCCCCUUCUCCUCAUUCCCCCCUUCCUCCCAUUCCUCCCCUUCCCCUCAUUUUCCCCCUCCCCCCAUUCCCCCCCUUCCCCCCAUGGCGCAGGGAGCGGCUGCAGGAGGGCGGGGGAGUGCUGGAGGACGUGGCGGUUUGGGGCCGGCUAACAGCACACCGUCUCUCCCCCCUCUCGUUCCCCACCCCGCCGUCACCCCCGGCUGUUGCAGGGAGCGGCUGCAGGAGGGCGGGGGAGUGCUGGAGGUGGACCUGGAGGACCUGGCGAGCAAGGAGGAGGGGCUGUGCCGCCUCAUGCGCACCCGCCCCGCUGAUAUGCUGCCGCUGGUCGGUGGGAUUCCCAUGGAUUUGUAUUGCCCUGCUCUACUUGUUUCUCAUAAGCAUCCCUAUUUGGAGGUGGCAGCAGCUGAGGUGGCAGCGAGUGUGCGGCAGAAGGUGAUGGGGGAGGGUGGGGAGCUGGAGGAUGCGCGAGUGCCGCCCGUGCAGGUGUUGCUCAAGAGCUCUGAAGACGCCAUGCCCAUCAGGGCUUUAACGGCGGCACAGAUCUCGCAUCUGGUGAAGAUCUCGGGCAUCGUGAUUGCAUCCUCGCGCGCCAAGGCGAAGGCGACGUCGGUGGUGCUGAUGUGCCGCGCCUGCAAGAACGUCAAGGCCAUCCCCUGCCGCCCGGGGCUGGGAGGCGCCAUCAUCCCCCGCACAUGCGACCGCACCCCCCAGCCAGGCGAGGAGCCAUGCGGGGUGGACCCGUGGGUGGUGCUGCCGGAUAGAAGCGAGUACGUGGACCAGCAGACCCUCAAACUGCAGGAGAAUCCCGAGGACGUGCCAACAGGUGAGAUGCCGCGCAGUGUGCUGCUCGCGGUGGAUCGCUCGCUGGUGCACCGCAUCGCCCCUGGCACGCGCAUCACCGUGUUUGGCAUCUUCAGCAUCUUCCAGGCCUCCGAUAAAUCCAAGUCGCGAGGGGCCAUGGCGGUGGCAAUACGGCAGCCAUACCUGCGAGUGGUGGGGGUGGAGAUGCCUGCAGAUGGCGCUGCCAGGUCCACCGCCUCCUCCUUCACCACUGACGAGGAGGCGGAGUUCAAGGACUUGAGCCGGCAGGGCGACGUGUACGGCGCCAUAAGCAGCCAGAUUGCGCCGUCCAUCUUCGGCCACGCCGACAUCAAGAAGGCCAUCGCCUGCCUGCUCUUCGGUGGCGCUCGCAAGUUACUGCCAGAUGGCGCAAGGCUGAGAGGCGACAUCAACGUGCUGCUGAUUGGUGAUCCCUCCACCGCCAAGUCCCAGUUUCUCAAGUUUGUGGAGAAGACAGCGCCCAUAGCGGUGUACACGUCAGGGAAGGGCUCCUCUGCUGCGGGUCUCACCGCCUCCGUCAUUCGUGAUGCCUCCUCUAGGGAGUUUUACCUGGAGGGGGGCGCCAUGGUGCUGGCAGACGGUGGUGUGGUGUGCAUCGAUGAGUUCGACAAGAUGCGCCCUGAGGACAGGGUGGCGAUACAUGAGGCGAUGGAGCAGCAGACGAUAAGCAUCGCCAAGGCGGGCAUCACCACGGUCCUCAACUCGCGCACCUCCGUGCUCGCCGCUGCCAACCCGCCCUCGGGGCGAUACGACGACCUCAAGACAGCACAGGAGAACAUAGAUCUGCAGAGCACCAUUCUGUCGCGCUUCGACCUCAUCUUCGUCGUCAAGGACACCCGCGACUUCAACCGCGACCUCCAAAUCGCGCGGCAUGUGGUGAACGUGCAUGCCAAGGCGGAUGCGGUGGUGGGGCAGGCGGACGAUGCCAUGGGGGGAAGGGCCGCCAUGGGGGAUGGUCCUGCUGGGGCGGGGGGCGUGGGGCACACGGGGAAGGAUGGGGAGCAGGAGAACUGGCUCAAGAGGUACAUAGAGUUUGCUCGCACGCGCUGCUCACCACGGCUGUCAGAGUCGGCAGCAACGCUCCUGCAAAACAACUAUGUGCAGAUCCGCCAGAACAUGCGGCGGAGGGCAACGGAGACGGGGGAGGCAUCAGCACUGCCAAUCACGGUUCGCCAGCUGGAGGCCAUCGUGAGGCUCUCAGAGUCCAUGGCACGCAUGCAGCUCUCCCCAGUGGCCACGGAGGAGCACGUCAUGGAGGCGCUGCGUCUCUUCCAUGUCGCGACGCUGGACGCCGCCCGGUCGGGCGUGGUGGACGGCGCAGUGCUCACGGACGAGCAGCGCCGCGAGGUGCAGCAGGUGGAGGGCGCGGUGCGGCGCCGCGUGGCCAUCGGGGGCUUCGUGUCCGAGCGGCGCCUGCUGGAUGACAUCACACGGUCGGGCAUCAGUGAGAGUGCGGUACGGCGAGCGCUGCUCAUCAUGGUGGCACGCGGAGAGGUGGAGUACCGACGGGAGAGGAGGGUCAUUUUCCGCAAAGUCUGA